AUGAUGAAAUGGUCCAUUCGAUCGGUGACGAGAAUAUGCAUCGCAUGCCAGGAAACGACGACAGGGGACAUCCUAUGCAAGUCUUCCUCAUCGCACGGGCGCGCCUUGGAAGCAGCCUCGAAGCGCGGGAAGCAGCUGGUGGCCGAGAUGGCCGUCCCCACGCCGGUCUUCUUCUGCUCCAUCGAGCCGCCGUCCCUGCACGCCCAGGCCGGGCUGGAGCACGCACUCGCCUGCCUGGCCAAGGAGGAUCCGAGUCUCAGGGUGGCUUUCGACGCCGACACCGGGCAGACCGUCCUUGCCGGCAUGGGGGAGUUGCACCUGGAGAUCGUUCGGGAUCGGAUUUCGAAGGAGUAUAAGAUCGAUGCGGAAUUGGGACCACUUCAAGUUGCCUACAGAGAAACCAUCACGAACAAAGUCUCCGAUACCCUCGAGUUCCAGCGAAGAGUCGGAGAGAGCCAUCAUUACGUGAAGCUGUCGAUGACGGCGUUGCCCGAAAAGAGCGGCAAGGUUUUGGAGUUGCAGCACACGAAGGAAAACGCCGAGAACUUGGGGGCGAUUCGGCCAUAUCAAAUGUCCGCAGUCGAAAGGGGACUUCACAAUACUCUGGCCUGCGGUCCCCUGCUUCACUGUCCCGUACGUCCGCAUCCUGGCUCUAUUGAUAAGAGUCGUAAAUGCGAGCUUCCGAUUAUGGUGGCUAGAAACGAGGCCAGGGACCUCCGAGGUGAUGAUCCAGGCCGCUACCUCCCAGCUCGCCCAUCAGGUGGGCAGCCGAGGUUGCUGGAGCCGGUGAUGUCCCUGGAAAUAUCGGUGCACGAGGACCAUUUCUCCGUUGUCUUGGGGGACCUCGCGCGGCGUCGCGCUCAAAUCCUUUCCAUUCAACAGCGACUCGACAUCAAGGUGAUCGAAUGCCUGACGCCGCUGUCGGAGCUGAAGGGAUAUUCGACGGCGUUGAGGACUUUGAGCUCCGGAAUGGCCAGCGUCUCCAUGGAACUCCUUGAUUAUCUACCGAUGGACUCCAUGGAACAGAGCCGAGCCAUUCAGAGCAUGACAGGGAUCUCAACCUCGUUUUCCUCGCCAAAAUGUGCUUAAGGAUUCUCAUUUCCCCAUGGAAGACAUAGUAAAGAGAGGCAUUAUUAUG